AACGAAAACAAUUAAAAGCAUAAAAAAGAACAGUGUUAUUGUGUUGAAAGAGCGCUCAGACCCGCAAAUAUGGAAUUUGCAAUGUUACAUGAGUGCACACUAUGUUAUUGUGCAGAAGUGGAAUUUUAAUCAAUUUUAUUGCUGAUUUUACUGCCAUUGCACCAUCUGUGGACCCGUUUAUCCACGUAGAAGCGCAUAAGGGGGACAGCAUGGCGACAGGUUCUGGAUUGAGUUUAUUGACGCAAUAGCUGCAGACAGCGACCGAUGAACAUUGCAUCAUUAUGUGGCCAGCAUUAGAUCAUUAUGACACAAUGUCAUUAUCUCAUGGCGCUUUUGAAGAGGAACACGGGUCGGUGCAGACUGUGCAGUCCCCGUCGUUAAACAGUAUUCCAGAGACUGAAGUGGAAGAGCACCUACUUGUUAUGGAGACAACUUCUUUGGGCUAUGCCACUGAUGGGAAACAAGAGACCUGCUGUGCCGUUUGUUUGAAAUCCCCAUGCGCAAUGAAUUACGGCGUCCUUACUUGCGAUUCGUGCAGAAAAUUUUUCAGGACAAACUGCAACAGGCUGAAAUUGAAAUGCAAAGGAAGAAAAGGCGACUGUGUGGUGCAAAAUGUUUACCAGCCAUGCAGUUCGUGUCGUAUGAAGAAGUGUCGGGCACUUGGUAUGGACCUUUUGGCUAAACGAAAUGUACACCAACAACUGGACCGCGCUACCCUUGAAUCGAGGCUCAUCAGUUUGCGGAAUCAUCGAACUCCCAAUGUUUAUGUACUGAAGGCUGUCAAGGCUGUUGUUCGCAAGUGCGAAAGUGCGGACGACGUGAACAAACUGCUUCACGCAGUGGAAAACGGAGAAGUGGAGGAGACAGAAUGUGUGCGGUUUCCACACAAGUCCAUUAAGAUCGACAAACAUGAACAUCUUAGUCAUGUGCUUGUGGCUAAAGCGUUUCGCUGGAACCGAGUCAGUGAAGAUAAAGUCGUUUCUUCGCACAGCUGCAAAGUUGAUCCCGGAUAUGUGUCACUACUGGGUUGACUGAUCUGGGAGGUUACAUCGUUUCAAAAAUUCAGAAAGGAAAAUUUUCCUGCACCUCUUGCAAGGCCGGUAUUGGCAACAUGUUUGGAGUGAUUUUUUCGGAGAGUGGCGGAUUAGUCACGGCACGGUCGCGUACUGAUUUUGGUGGUUUAAGCUUGCCAUGUCCGCAACUAAGCGCGCUGUUGCAGUAUGCACUUGGAUUUUUCGAAAAGUUGCAAGAGAUUAAUGAUUUUUACAGAGGUGAUCGGCAUUUGGAAAGAGCACUCAAGUUGACUCUGUUAAAUAUGGAAUUACAUAGCUUUCAUCCGCUUGGUGAUAUUUGUUUAUGCGAUCUUACGAAAUAUUUAGAGUACGAAUGUUUGAAGCGUUUUUAUAAUACUGCCUUUAAAAAUGAUGUAAAUGAGCGCCGAGCACUUGCUCUGAAGAGAACAUACGGUGCUCGAAAAGCGGUACCGAUGUCUACAGAUCCCAGUAAGU